AUGCUAAAUAAUUUCUUCUUCUUCUUCUUCUUCUUCUUCUUCUUCUUCUUCUUCUUCUUCUUCUUCUUCUUCUUCUUUAUUCCGUGUCCCUUCAGGACUUUUCUCUUCAGUCGAAUUGCAAUUUUCUGUUUGUCUUUUAUUCCACUUCUCUGCAACAUCGCGUUUUUUUUUAUUAUUAUUUACGCUUCGUUCUCUUCAUCUCUGUUAUAUUUGUCUGUUUUACUCUCAUAUUUUCAUUCUCUUCUUCUUUGUCUUCGAAUUAUUCUUACUUUUGUGAUCUAUAUUUUCGUCUUUUCCCCUCCUUCUUCUCCUUUUAUUUCUUACUCUUUUCUUCAUUUGCUUCUCUUUUUUUUCUUCCUCUUUUUCUCUUCUUCCUUUCUCUUUUCUACUUUUCUUGAUCUUCUUCAUUUUCUUCUCUUUCUUUUUUUUUUCGUCUUCUCCUUUUAUUUCUUACUCUUUUCUACUUUUCGUGAUUUUCAUUUUUUCUGUUAUUAUUUUUUCUCUGCCUUUUUCUUUCCUAGAUUUCAUCACCUGAAUGUUUCUUUUUUUCUACCACAUUUUCCUUUCAUCCUUUUCCUUCCUUUCUCUUUUCUACUUUUCCUGUUUCUUCUUCAUUUUCUUCUCUUUCUUUUUUCUUCCUCUUUUUCUCUUCUUUCUUUUCUUCCUUUCCCUUUUCUAGUUUUCUUGAUCUUCUUCAUUUUCCUCUGA